CACAAAUUUUAGAAUGUUUUUGCGAAACAAAUUUAUUAUUUCCGUCAUCGCUAUUAUUUUUAUCUUUUUUUGGUUGGUGCCCAAGUGUUCAUCAACUGCUGGUUUGGUGAUUGGAGGGGAUUAUCAAAACAAUACAAAUAGCAGCACUAAAGAGUUCUACAAGACUUCUAGCAAGGAUUUGGAUGGGGUUCAAUCGUUUGUCAACACUACCGGAUCGACUGCCUCAUUAUUGGAAACUACGGACAACUACAACAAUGAAACGGGGACUUUCAACCAAUCUCUUCUGUCUAUCAACACAACCGACGAUUUAUUCAAAAAUUUGGAUCAAUCAAAUCCUUGUGGUUGGAAUAGUCUUACAAAUUUUGAGAAGCGAACGUUAAUUAUUUUGAUUGACGAAAAGGUCAAAAGUGAGGAUAUUAAAGUUGUGUCUGAUAAUAUUUUGGUGCCUCGUUGGGCUGCUUUUUGUGCUGCUUUUGGUGUUGUUCUGAUGUUUAUGAUUGUUUUGAUACUUUUAUUUAUUGUUUGUUGUAAUGGGAAAAGGAUGCGUUAA